UUCCCACCUCUCUGUAUGUCUGUAUAUCUGUCUCAGACUGACGCUGCUACCAGUUUCCUACGUGCUGCCCGCUCAGGUAACCUGGAAAAGGCUCUUGACCACAUCAAGAAUGGUCUCGAUAUCAACACAGCCAAUCAGAAUGGACUCAAUGGGUUACACUUGGCCUCAAAAGAAGGCCAUGUUAAAAUGGUGCUGGAACUACUGCACAACGGCAUUGUACUGGAGACCACAACUAAGAAAGGCAACACUGCCCUCCACAUUGCUGCAUUGGCUGGACAAGAGCAAGUGGUCACCGAGCUGGUUAACUAUGGAGCUAACGUCAAUGCCCAGUCCCAGAAGGGCUUCACUCCACUCUACAUGGCAGCACAAGAGAAUCAUCUAGAGGUCGUGAAGUUCCUUUUGGACAAUGGAGCCAAUCAGAGCAUUCCAACCGAGGACGGCUUUACGCCAUUAGCUGUGGCUCUUCAGCAGGGUCAUGAGAAUGUAGUGGCCCUGCUUAUCAACCAUGGCACCAAGGGAAAGGUUCGCCUUCCUGCACUGCACAUAGCAGCGCGCAACGAUGACACCCGCACUGCCGCUGUGCUUCUGCAGAAUGACCCCAAUCCUGAUGUACUAAGCAAGACAGGCUUCACGCCACUCCAUAUUGCAGCACAUUAUGAGAAUGUGAACAUUGCCCAGCUGCUGAUAAACCGAGGCGCCAAUGUGAACUUCACUCCCAAGAAUGGGAUUACACCGCUGCACAUUGCAUCCAGGAGAGGGAACGUGGUAAUGGUCAGGCUUCUGCUGGACCGUGGUGCAACAAUUGAUGCCAAGACUAAAGACGAGCUGACUCCGCUUCACUGUGCUGCAAGAAAUGGUCAUGUUAGGAUAAUUGAGAUCCUGCUGGACCAAGGAGCCCCCAUACAAGCCAAGACCAAAAAUGGUCUCUCGCCAAUCCACAUGGCGGCUCAGGGGGACCACAUGGACUGUGUGCGACAGCUCUUGCAGUAUAACGCCGAGAUUGAUGAUAUAACACUAGACCACCUAACACCCCUACAUGUGGCAGCACACUGUGGGCACCAUCGCAUGGCCAAAGUGCUGCUGGACAAAGGAGCCAAGCCAAACACCCGUGCACUGAACGGCUUCACACCUCUCCACAUAGCCUGUAAGAAGAAUCACAAUCGCGUAAUGGACCUACUCCUAAAACACUCGGCAUCCUUGGAAGCUGUGACAGAGUCGGGGUUAACCCCACUCCAUGUGGCCUCCUUCAUGGGUCAUCUGAACAUAGUGAAGAUCCUGCUGCAAAAAGGAGCCUCUCCAAAUGCCUCGAAUGUGAAAGUGGAAACACCCCUGCACAUGGCAUCUCGAGCGGGUCACUGUGAUGUUGCAGAGUUUCUGCUGCAAAAUGCAGCACCAGUGGAUGCCAAAGCCAAGGAUGACCAGACCCCAUUGCACUGCGCCGCCCGCAUGGGCCACAAAGAACUAGUGAAGCUCCUGCUGGAGCACAAGGCCAACCCAAAUUCUACCACCAUGGCUGGACACACUCCGCUGCACAUCGCCGCCAGGGAGGGGCAUACACAGACUGCCCGGAUCCUCCUUGACAUGAAUGCCCAGCAGACCAAGCUGACGAAAAAAGGCUUUACUCCACUCCAUAUGGCAGCAAAAUAUGGAAAGGAGGACGUGGCAGAGUUGCUACUUGAGAGAGGUGCAAACCCAAAUACUGCAGGCAAGAAUGGACUCACGCCAUUGCAUGUAGCUGUCCAUCACAACAACCUGGACGUGGUAAACUUACUGGUUAGCAAGGGCGGAUCUCCACACAGCGCAGCGAGAAAUGGCUACACUCCUCUCCACAUUGCCUCCAAGCAGAACCAGUUGGAGGUGGCCAAUAGUCUGCUGCAGCACGGAGCCUCCGCCAAUGCUGAAUCCUUACAGGGAAUCACGCCACUGCACUUGGCUUCCCAGGAGGGUCAAGCAGACAUGGUCUCACUGCUCAUUUCCAAGCAGGCCAAUGUCAACCUGGGCAACAAGAGUGGCCUGACCCCACUUCACCUUGUUGCCCAAGAGGGUCAUGUGGGCAUUGCUGACAUCCUGGUGAAACAGGGGGCAUCGGUCUAUGCUGCCACACGGAUGGGCUACACUCCACUUCACGUGGCUUGUCAUUAUGGCAACAUUAAAAUGGUUAAGUUCCUCCUGCAGCAGCAGGCAAACGUCAACAGCAAGACAAGGGCGGGAUAUACACCCCUUCAUCAGGCUGCCCAACAGGGCCACACUGACAUUGUGACCUUGCUUCUGAAACAUGGUGCACAGCCAAAUGAAAUUACUACCAACGGCACUUCUGCACUGGCCAUUGCGAAACGUCUCGGCUAUAUUUCUGUCAUUGACGUCCUCAAACUGAUUACCGAAGAAACGGUGACCAUGUCGACCACUGAAAAACAUCGAAUGAGCUUUCCCGAGACAGUUGAUGAGAUCCUGGAUGUGUCCGAGGAUGAAGGAGUUGCACAGCUAACGCUAGGCGAGGAGCUGCUGGGAACAGAGAUUACCAGGUAUUUGAGGAUGGACGGCAUGAGGGACCAUGAUGACGAUUUCCUUUCCUCCAGGACAGUCACAGAAAACUACUCACCUGCUGUUCCAAGGAUCCCCUGUGUCUCUCCUGAAACCGUCAUGCUGAAAGAACAUGACAUGGAUCAGCAGCACACUCCAAUCCCAAUGCCCAAAGAGUAUGAUGAUGACUCUCUGAUUCCUAGCAGUCCAGCCACAGAGACCUCAGAUAAUGUGAGUCCAGUGGCCAGCCCUAUCCACACUGGCUUCUUGGUUAGCUUCAUGGUGGAUGCAAGAGGUGGCUCAAUGAGAGGAAGCAGACACAAUGGUUUGCGUGUUAUCAUACCACCACGAACAUGUGCAGCCCCAACACGCAUCACCUGCCGCCUGGUGAAGCCCCAAAAGCUCUCCACUCCACCUCCUCUGGUGGAGGGUGAGGGUUUAGCUAGCCGAAUCAUCUCACUGGGUCCAGCUAGCAUGCAGUUUCUGGGACCGGUGAUUGUGGAGAUCCCUCAUUUUGCAGCACUUGGGCGGGGAGACAGGGAACUGGUGGUCUUAAGGAGUGAGAAUGGCUCUGUCUGGAAGGAGCACCGGAACCGUUAUGGUGAUGAAGUGUUGGAGACUAUCCUCAAUGGCAUGGACGAAGAUUUAGAAAGUCAGGAGGAGCUUGGGAAGAAGCGUAUCAGGCGCAUCAUCUCCACUGAUUUCCCUCUCUACUUUGCUGUGGUCUCCCGCAUCCAACAGGAGAGCGACUUGAUUGGCCCUGAGGGGGGGCGUCUGACCAGCAAAAUUCUUCCGUUGGUUCAGGCCAGUUUCCCUGAGGCGUCUGUCACCAAGCGGGUUCGCCUUGGACUGCAGGCCCAGCCGGUCCCUGAUGAGCUGGUGGCCAAGCUGCUGGGGAACCAGGCCACCUUCAGCCCUGUGGUGACCGUGGAGCCGAGACGCCGUAAGUUCCAUCGGCCCAUUGGCCUGCGCAUCCCGCUGCCUCCGUCCUGGAGGGACAGUCCGCGAGAUUCUGGCGAGGGUGACACUACCAGCCUCCGCCUGCUCUGCAGUGUCAUCGGUGGCACCGAUCCAGCACAGUGGGAGGAUAUCACUGGCACAACCAAGCUUAUAUAUGCUAAUGACUGUGCCAAUUUCACCACCAAUGUGUCUGCACGUUUUUGGCUAGCAGACUGUCCUCGCACUGCUGAAGCGGUUUCCUUUGCCAACCUUCUGUACCGUGAGCUGUCAGCAGUGCCAUACAUGGCUAAAUUUGUAGUGUUUGCGAAGAUGAAUGAGGCGCGAGAAGGUCGAUUGCGCUGCUACUGCAUGACUGAUGACAAGAUGGACAAGACCCUAGAGCAGCACGAGAACUUCACAGAAGUGGCCCGCAGCAGAGACAUAGAGGUAAUGGAGGGCAUGCCAUUACACUUGGAGUGCUCAGGGAACUUGAUCCCCAUGAGGAAGGCUACUCAGCAACCCCGCUGCUUCAGCUUCCAGGCCUUCAGAGACAACAGACUUCCUGUCUCUGUGAAGGUAAGAGACAGUAGUAAGGACCCCUCUGGCUUCUUGUCGUUCCUACGCAAGUCUACCAAGUAUGAGGACAGUCAGCAAGUACUCUGCAACCUCAAUAUUACCAUGCCACCAUGCAUAAAGAUUGGAGGGGGUGAGGACCGAAGGAGGACACUCACCCCUUUGGCCCUUAGAGAGAGAUACAGUGCUCUCAAUGAACCAACUGUAGGAUCAAUGAGCACCAUGGAAAGGACGGAGUUAAAGAUGGCUUUAAUAGCCGAACAACUGGGACUGAGCUGGGCUGAGCUGGCCCGAGAACUCCAAUUCAAUGUGGAUGAAAUUAAUAGGAUUCGCGUGGAGAACCCCAAUUCACUCCUGGAACAGAGUUCGACACUGCUCAAUUUGUGGAUUAGCCGUGAAGGCAAGAGGGCCCAAAUGGAGAGCCUGUUCAUGGCACUGAAGAACAUUGACCGAAUGGACAUUGUGAACAUGCUGGAAGGUCACCAGGGUAACCAGGAACAAGAAAGGCGCAGACACAAUGACCGAGACCACCUCUCUCUUGGCAUAUCAAAUGGUUAUGGACUGGUGGUUCAGGACGUGUUGAUCUCACCAGCCUCCGGGCAGCACAGCCUGGCCUCACCAAUGGGGCUUGAGCCCUACUGGCAGGAAGUGUCUAGCAUGGAUGGUGCUCCCAUAGCCACCACUGAAGAAGAUACACUUAUGGAGAUGUCCGAGGUACAAGUGUGGCCAUCAGGCAAAAGCCCAUGUCUGGUGGCCGUGGAGGACUCCUCACUUGAGUGUAGCAACGCUGAGGACUCAGAGGGGCUGUCCUACGGGAGUAUGGGCAGACCAGGCAGUGCCACACCAGGUACAGGACACGGCCACAUUGGGUUGAGCGGGUCCAUCGAGCUGCUGGAGGACCAGUCCAUUGGGGCAGACUCGGAACACAGCACUACCACUCCUGGAACAGGGGUCAACAUCAAUGGACUGGACGUAGGUCAAGGGUUGGAGACGGAUGAGAAGGCAGUGGAGGUUGCGGUUGGUGCAGGCAGGAAUGUUUCAGAAGGAGACAUUGGAGGUUUGGGAGUAAGAGAUGACACAGGCUUAGUGGAAGGCUUGUCUGUCAUUGCAGGACAACAGAGGGUUUACGCUCGAAUGUGUGAGUCUCCUGGGCUUAGCCGAGUGGCUGAUCGCAACGGUGACAGGUCAAGUGCUGGUUCUUUCCUGUCCUACCUCCAAGACCAGACUGGCCCUGGAUGGCAUCCCAUCCCAGAUCCCACUCAGAGCUGGGCAGGAACCUCACAGCCAGCCAAUUUCAGACAGGCCAAGGAGUCCAUGAUGUCAUCAGUGAAGGCAGCAGUGGAUGGAGAUUUGAGCCAGUCCCAACUGUCCCAGGAAGCUUUGCUCCAACCGGUACGAGACAUGGGGCACUCAGAGAUCCUACGCGGGCAUUUUUGGGGAACCCAGCCUUUUGAGAAGGGCCUAGGCUUCCCCCACAGAGUACCUGACCUUCGAGGAUGGGAAGAUAUGCGUCUCAGAGGACAAGGUGAUGAAGCUGUGGAUCUUCCUGGAGAGCAAGUGAGUGAGGAGCAGUUUACAGAUGAGCAUGGCAACAUCGUCACCAAAAAGGUCGUGAGGAAGGUGGUUCGGAGAGGAAAAGGUGAGGGUGAGGGUCAGGAGUACAUUAUAGAUGGGCAGCAGGAAGCUGAUGAGUUGGAUGCUGACGCAGAGCAGUUCAUGGGCUACGCCGUCCUUGGCCGGGAAAGCAAGCCGGAUGUUGUGGAUGUGAAGAAGGGAGGGUCUCAGAUAGUGAAAUGUGCCACUUUGCGGAGAGUAAAGCAGUGAGCGGCGCUCGUUCGGCCGUCCAGGACUUGUCUGCCGCACCCAAACCUUCUCUCAUAGACACAUGAUGAGCAACAAGAACUGCAAGAAAGUUGGAAAACCAGGCAACGGACAUCAUUGCCAAUAAAUGGCUUUUAGGCUUCUUUUUAAAGCAAACGUACAAUGAGAACUAGGCUAAAAGCAUGAUUUCAUAUAAAAAAAAAUAAAAAAAAUAUUGAAACCUAGGAGAACAAAAAAAAAAAAAAAAAAAAGCAUCCAAAAAGUGCUUCCUGUAAUCCCUGUAUCAGCAUGCGAGAGUGCUGUCGCAUGGCCUGCCUUUACAUACACCACAGAAAGCAAAGGAUUAUGGGGCUCCUGGUGAUACAAGGGGCGUGAAAUGAGGGAAGCGUUUGUGGAUAUGGAACAGUAUAACCGAACCCAGAGCUCAGCCCUGAACGCUGUAUUUCAGAUAAGUUGUGGUUAAUAACAUAUAUGCAAAAGCCGACACACAUGUGUAGUCAAAUGACGCAACGGUUCCCCCUAGAACUCUCACAGAUUUUUGAGUCUUCCAAUAUAUUACGUGUUAUAGUUUAAUCUACUUUCAAUCAUGGUCUCACGACACACCAGUUUUUCUUCCAGCACUGGUUUUGUGCAUACUGCUGUAUACGCACUGAAAUAUUACACGUGUGUGUGUGUGUGUGUGUGUGUGUGUGUGUGUGUGCGUGUGUGUGUGUUAUGUCUGUAUGUAUUGUUUAUGUUUCAGCCCAAAACUGGAAGAGAAAAAAAACAACAACUAAAUGUAUGCAAAGAUACUGCUGCUGAUAUACUUCUUUGCCCGUGCUUUUAUUUAGUUUGAUAUAACAGACAGGAUUUAUAAUCCUGUGUAUAAUCCUGUGUAUAAUCCGGUGUCUAAACAUCAGUGUUAUAUCUGGAUGGGUAUGUUGUUUUUUACCUGUAAUGCAGGCAUGAUUUCAUUUCUUUCUUUUUCUUUCUUUCUUUUUUCGUCCACCAUUGCUGUCUCGCCACUCAUGGAGAAACAUUAGGGCUUUUGGCCUUCAACAGAUAUUUAUUUUUGGACACUGUAUUGCUUCUUGUAACUGUCAUCAUAAAUUGUGGUGUUUUUUUUUUUUUUUCCAAGGAAAUUUAUGACUUAAGACUUACUGAGGCACUAUUAACUGCUCAUGGCAUAGUGAAUGUGACAGAAUGCCAGCCAUUACCAUUGAGCGUACACACACACACACACACACACACACACACACACACACACACACACACACACACACACACACACACACUUUUGACUUUUACACUUGUAAAAAAAAAAAAAAAAAAAAAAGUGCAAAUGUAGCAACCAAGUCUUCCAUUUCAAAUGAUAUCAGUAGCUCAGGUUUAGUUUUUGCUGUAAAAGAUGCUGUGGCCUGUUAUGAGGGAUGGCAAUAUGAACGGAAACCUGAAAAACUAGACACCAGGCUGGGGUUAGUUUCUGCUUAUUCUCCUUAUUCAUCGUUCAUACUUUAUUAUUUAAUGUGGCAACAUUUUUAUUUUUAGACUUGCAUCUCUUUAAAGAUUCUAUCACCUCGAAUCUGAAGCGUGGAAAUAUUCCAUAUCAACACCAGGACAUAAGAAGUACAGUGUUGGUCUGAAGAGAGAGAGAGAGAGAGAGAGAGAGAGAGAGAGAGAGAGAGAGGUUACAUGCAAUCAUGCAUAGUCUAGUCUGGAAACAAGAUCCCACAUAAACACCGCAAUAAGCAGCUCUACGAAAGCAAUAGAUAUCCAUUCGCAGGUGUAUGUUUUUAGAUGCACCUUUUUAGAUUCAACUGAAAUUAGAGAAAGACAAAUGACAUUAAAGUAAAGAUCCAUUUACUUUACUCACACUUGGAAAGCAAUAGACGCAUGACAAAGCGCAUUGUCACAUACGGGCAUUUCUCUUCUGUCAUUUUUUUCUAGCUUGUUCUUUCCUUAGCUUUUGCCACAUGGUUUGGCCAGCCGUUACGAAGGACGAUGAGUUCACAGGCUGACGUGUGAAUUUGCUACAGAAUACCGGCGGGUUUUUGUGUAAUCGUCUUUAGAGCUCAACAAAGACACUUUGAAACACUGUGAUUAGACUGUAGCACUGUCCGAGCAACUUCCCCAAGUACACGCAAACACGCGUUACUGUUCACUGACUGUGCCCAGUUAGUACUGGAAACGUGUAAGGACCGUAGGUUUUAAGCGUAGAAUAUUAUCAUGAGAUUAUUUUUUUUAUUAUUCAUUUCUAACUUUCUCCACAAUGACAUAGUUCUAACUGGCUAUACUUUUAAGGUGUCGUUAUGAAUGUGUAGCUAUAGGGUUCCAUCUGUUUCCAUAUGCCAUCGUGUUAAUGUUUACUCUGCCCUUCCAAAAAAAAAACAAAAUGUAGCUAAACACUUGCCUUGCUGUUGUAAAAUUCACUGAAAAUGUUCGUCGAUUUCAAAAAAACAACGCCAGGAUCUUCUGAUGUAAACAAAACACUGUUUUAACCGUUUCCAAGCCCCAAAGACAAAAUCAGAUUCGAUCCAAUGGUCACACGCAAUCCUCAAAGUUUCUCAGCUACCUGUAUUGAUGUUUUUGUGUUAAUUCCAGGCAUUAAUCAUGAGCGAGCUGAAUCAGAGACAAUGGACAUGUGAAGGAAUCUAAUAAACUGAAACAUAUGGAGUCAGUGAAUUAUGCUAAAGAACACUCUUUGUAAAAUGGACCAAGCUCAUGACAUGAAAUAAGACAAGAUCAUCAUUACAGUUCAAACGCUAGUGUGUAAAUAGUGUAGGGAGCUGAUAGAAAGAAAUGUGGUAUAAACAUAUCAUGGUGUAAAUCUGAAAUUAGUCAGUCCUCUGAAUAUUAUGCAAACCAUCCAGUAUUGUGUGGUAAUGUAGCAUCACCCAGAAACAGAAAUGAUGUCAGAAUACACCGACCGUCGCUUGUUUUUAGCACCAUACCUUAAAUCACAGAGCGUACAAUAGUAUUAACAUAUUUCCUUUAGUUAAAUGACUGCAAGCUUGUUUGUGUGAUUGUCUAACAGUUCGAUUCACAGCAUUUUAGGGAGUAGUGUGUGAUCCCAAAAGAGUUUUGGGAACAGAAACGCAUUACAGAAAACAAACAUGAUAUCCAGAUGCAGUACGGUAAAGUCUUACUAAACCAAAAUACACCAAAGUUUCCUGUUAAAUAUCUUAAAAAAUGCACAAAAUGUACACUUUCUAUGAUACUUACCACUAACAGCUAUGCCAAAAAUAAUAAUAAUAAUAAUAAUAAUUAUACGGUUGAAUAAUAUUCAUACAGAUACAAGUUUAUCAGCGCCGUUUAUUUGAUUUAUUUUACAUUAGGAAAGACAGUACCAAACAGAUAAUACAAAAAAAAAAGGUCUUGCAGAUAUGUUGGAAUGAUUCAUUAAAACAGUCGUGAAAUCCACAUAUGAACUUAUAGCGAGCAUUAUUUCAUACAAUUUUAAUACGUAAUCACUUGAACUAGAUCCGAAAGCUGUACAUUUACGACGUCCACGUAUUUUCCAACGCAUUUCAUCGACGUCAUUUGCAAGUGGUUCGUUCCGAAACGUAAGAGAAACGGUGCUCAGAAUUCUUGUUGAAUCAUCGUUACGAUCACAUACAGCAAGGCAUGUUCACGCUGUUUACUUUUCCACAUGUUUCCUUUUGUUUUUCAUUUUAAAAGAUGAAUUGAUGUCUCAGAUGAAAAGGCCAUGAACCAGCAACGUGCAAAUAUAUGAGCCACUUUUGAGAUUACUCGCAUUGUCGUUUUGUAAUGUGGUAACAUGGUAUUUAUUCUCAUAGCAUCAGCCCGUUGGCCUCCGUAUUGGAUGAGAUGCAGUUUGAAUGGCAAUUCGGUACACAGCAAAAUCCCCAGUGUUGAUUUAACACCCGGAGUGUUGAAUUUACACCCUGCAGUGUUUAUAUAAAUCCACUGGACACAAAUGAACACUCCGGGUGUUAAUUCAACACUGGGGAUUUUACUGCGUAGUACUGCUCAAUUCUCUAGAUUAGAAACUAAAGAAUUAUACAUCACCAGAAGCAACAUUAAAAGCUUGCUUUUGUUUUCUUGAUGGAUUCCAGGAGGUUGUCAGAACGGUGACCUGGGGUUUGAAACAAGCGGCAGUGUAGGAUUUGAAAUAUUUACUCCUUGGGUUCAUACAAGACUUCUCCUCAAGUUCAUUUCUCUGUAAUUAAAAAAAGAAUCGAAAGAAGAAAAAAAAAAAACCAGAGCUGCAUGUGGAAAAGUAGGACUUUUAGGAAAGUCCACUCCCGUGUAAGAGAGCUGGAUUCCAAACAAACUACGCAGUUGGUCGAUGUCACCGCAGUAAUAAAAUCCAAUUAAAUACAAAAAAUGUCAACUUUCGCAGAAAAACUAGAAACACUUAUAAUCUUAACUUCUAGAGAACGGAUUAAAAUUAGUCACUCAAUAGCAUAUUAACCUUGAAAGGAAUGCGAACUGCACACGUGCACAGAAAAUGUUUUUGAUAUAUACAAAGAAAUAUAUAUAUAUAUAUAUAUAUAUAUAUAUAUAUAUAAUAUAUCCAUAUAUAUAUUUAAUUAGAAUGCUUUGCAAUUGCUAAUGGGGAUUUAUAACCUACUAUUGGGGAUUACAGUUCUAUUAUGGAUGCACUUAUAGCAACUGAGACUUCAGAUGUAUGCCUGCAACCGGGGAAAUAAAGAGGCCUUGUGGGUCUUUUGAUUUAUUUUAUCUUAUUUUUAUUGCUGUUGAAAUGGGAAAACAAUAAAUAUGGUACCUAUA